AUGGCCUCACGAAAACCAAACCAACCAAGCUUCGACUUUUUCUCUGGCGCGGCGAUUGAUAAUUCCCCACAACGACCGCGCGAACCAUUGCGCGAAACAUUCAGGACCACACUGCGAACCUCACAGAGCGCCGCGCCGCACACGGUUAUUGCAUCGGAUACGGUCAACGAAGACCUCCGCACGCAGAUCAAUACCCUUCGUUAUGAGCUGGAGACAGCGAAACAAGAUCAAGAGAAGUUGAAGCUGGAACACAAUGCGGAGCUACGCGAUGCGCAGAACCGCGCGGAGGGAGAGUUCAGAAAGGCGCAACAGGCCGAAGCGACGGGCUCUUUAGCAACAAAGAAAUAUGAGGUGUUGCAGCGGGAGAUGUCAGAGGUGCAGGCGCGGGCUGAAAACGAGAGGCAGGAUCUACAAAAGCGGCUGCAGGCUUCGCAGGCGAAGGCCUCGCAACUGCAAGAGGAUGCUGAUGAGGCGAAGGAGGAGCUAGCGUCAACACAGAGACAAAGCGAGCACCAGUACAAUACGCUGCAGAGGGAGUGCAAAACAUUGAAGGAGGCGGUGGAAGACUUCAAGGAAAAGGCGGACGAGAAGGCUCACGCGCUGCAGGUUGUGCAGAGGAAGCUGUCUGAGAAAGAGACAGAGGUGGGAGAUCUGGAGGCAGAGGUGCUGCGCUUGAAGGCGAUCACUGGGGACGCGGAGACCAUUGCCGUCAUCAAGAAGGAACUUUCUGAGCAGGUGGCGCACAUCAAGAAGCUGGAGAAUUUGACGCGUGAACAGAACACGGAGCUUAAGCAGUACCGGAAACAGCAGAAAGCGAUUCAGGUUAUCGAGGAGGAGAAGAGGACGCUGGAAGUCAAAUUACGUCUAGCAGCAGACUUACAAAGUCAGCUGAACGAGGCAAAGGUCCGUAAUGAGGCACUCGAAGCCGAGAGGAGUUCUUGGACAUCGUAUCUGGAGAAUGAAGCAGAAACUGAUGCGCAAUUCGAAACGCCUGAAGACCUUGCGCGUGCCUAUAUCCGCGAGCGCUUUGAGAAGACCGAUUACAUGAACCGCCUUGGAGAGAUCAAGCCCGAACUCAACGUCAAGGAAACCACCAUACAGGCGCUUGAGGAUGAGAAAGCCAAACUCCAAGCCGAAAUUGCACGACUCAAGACGGCCACGCCCGCCCCCAGUGCCGACGAAGUCAAAGCCCGCGCAAGACUAGAGCGCCAAAAGAACCUCGCAACGAAAGAGGUCGACUUUCUCCGCGCCCAAAUCAAAGCCUUCGAUGACGAAGAGCGCGAAAUGCACCCCGAAAACUUCGACGCCGCGAAAACCGACCGUAUCAAAGAACUCGAAGACCUCGUCGACCAAUACCGCGCCGAAAUUUCCACCCUUCAAGCCGACCUCGCCACUCCCUCCCAACCCGUCACCAUAGCAGCAGGCCAAAAGCGACCCCUGGAUGACGACUCCGCCGAUGAGCGCGUCGGCGAAUUGCGCCGCAAAAACCGCCAGCUCCAAGACGACAACGCCGCGCUGACCAAGCGCGCCAAGCUCCUAGAAUCCGAGUACAAAGCGCAACACUCGCAGCUCAAGAAGCUCAAGGAGUCCUCGCGCGUGCGUGUCCUAGAGCUGAAAGCCAACCCCACCGCCGACGCCGAAGCCCUCAAGCUCUCCACCGUGCGCACCCUCCGCGAGGCAAACGAACAGCUGCUGGCCCAACUCCAGGGGACUGCGCCGCCUUCUACAGUCCCCCUCGCACAGCUUACUGCCGCGCAGGAUAUGCUAAACGAGAAAGACAGCACCAUCGCGUCCCUCACCAAGAAGGAAAAACGCCUCAAGCAAAUCUGGUCAGCUAAAGCCCUCGAGUUCCGCGAAGCAGUCGCCUCCAUCCUAGGAUGGAAACUAGACUUCAUGCCCAACGGACGUGUCAAAGUAACGAGCAUGUUCCGCCUCUCUGAGGACAGCUCCAGCGGGGAAGGAGAAGAGAACAGCAUAGUGUUUGACGGGGAGAAGGGCACGAUGAAGGUCAGUGGGGGCGAGAGGAGCGCUUUCGCGGGGGAGAUCAGGGAUAGUAUCGUGUACUGGGUGGAGGGGAGGAAGGAGAUCCCGUGUUUUCUUGCGGCGCUUACGAUGGAGUUUUGGGAGAAGAAGUUUGGGGAUAGUACGGUUAGGAUUUGA